AUGUUACCCCUUUAUGUAUUUUUUAAUAAAGCUUCAUUGAAGGUUCCUCAUGCUGAGGACAAGGUUCUUCCCGCAGAAGAAAAGGUUCUUCACGCCGAAGACAAGGUUCCUCACGCUGAGGACAAGGUUCUUCACGCUGACGACAAGGAUCUUCACCAUGAGGACAAGGUUCUCACGCUGAGGACAAGGUUCUCACGCUGAGGAGAAGGUUCUUCACGCUGAGGACAAGGUUCUUCACCCUGAGGACAAGGUUCUUCACGCUGAGGACAAGGUUCUUCACGCUGAGGAGAACGUUCUUCACGAUGAGGACAAGGUUCUUCACCAUGAGGACAAGGUUCUUCACGCUGAGGAAAAGGUUCUUCACGCUGAAAACAAGGUUCGUCACCUUAGAACAAGAUUCCUCACGCUGAGGAGAAGGUUCCUCACGCUGAGGACAAGGUUCCUGAUUCUGAGACAAGGGUUCUUCACGUGGACGACAAGGUUCUUCACGCCGAGGACAAGGUUCUCACGCUGACGAGAAAGUUCUUCAAGCUGAGGACAAGGUUCCUCACACUGAGGACAAGGUUCCUCAUGCUGAGGACAAGGUUGCUCAUGCUGAGAACAAGGUUCCUCACGCUGAGGACAAGGUUCCUCACGCUGAGCACAAGGUUCUUCACGCUGAGGACAAAGUUUUUCUGAAAACCUUUGAACAACAUUCAUCACGCUGAGGACAAGGUUCCUGAUGCUGAGAACAAGGUUCUUCACGUCGACACAAGGUCCGUCAGGCUGAGGACAAGGUUCUUCAAGCUGAGGAUAAGGUUCCUAACGCUCAGGACAAGGUUCCUCACGCUGAGGAUAAGGUUCCUCACGCUGAGGACAAGGUUCCUAACGCGGCGGACAAGGUUCUUCUCGUUCAGGACAAGGUUCCUCAAAUUAGAACAAGGUUCCUCAAGCUGAGGACAAGGUUCCUCACGCUGAGGACAAGGUUCCUCACGCUGAGGAGAAGGUUCUUCACGCUGAGGACAAGGUUCUUCACCAUGAGGACAAUGUUCUUCACGCUGAGGAGAAGGUUCUUCACGCUGAGGACAAGGUUCUUCACCUUAGAACAAGAUUCCUUACGCUGAGGACAAGGUUCCUUUCGCUGAGGACAAGGUUCCUGAUGCUGAGAACAAGGUUCUUCACGUGGACGAAAAGGUUCUUCACGCCGAGGACAAGGUUCCUCACGCUGAGGACAAAGUACUUCAAGCUGAGGACAAGGUUCCUCACGCUGAGGACAAGGUUCAGGACAAGGUUCCUCACGCUGAGGACAAGGUUCCUCACGCGAACGACAAGGUUCUUCACGCUGAGGACAAGGUUCUUCACCUUAGAACAAGAUUCAUCACGCUGAGGACAAGGUUCCUCACGCUGAGGACAAGGUUCUUGAUGCUGAGAACAAGGUUCUUCACGUGGACGACAAGGUUCGUCACUCUGAGGAAAAGGUUCUUCAAGCUGAGGACAAGGUUCCUCACGGUCAGGACAAGGUUCCUCACGCUCAGGACAAGGUUCCUCACGCUGAGGAUAAGGUUCCUCACGCUGAGGACAAGGUUCCUAACGCGGCGGACAAGGUUCUUCUCGUUCAGCACAAGGUUCCUUAAAUUAGAACAAGGUUCCUCAAGCUGAGGACAAGGUUCCUCACGCUGAGGACAAGGUUCCUCACGCUGAGGAGACGGUUCUUCACGCUGAGGACAAGGUUCUUCACCAUGAGGACAAAGUUCUUCACGCUGAGGAGAAGGUUCUUCACGCUGACGACAAGGUUCUUCACCUUAGAACAAGAUUCCUUACGUUGAGGACAUGGUUCCUUACGCUGAGGACAAGGUUCCUGAUGCUGAGACCAAGGUUCUUCACGUGGACGAAAAGGUUCUUCACGCCGAGGACAAGGUUCCUCACGCUGAGGACAAAGUACUUCAAGCUGAGGACAAGGUUCCUCACGCUGAGGACAAGGUUCCUUACGCUAACGACAAGGUUCUUCACCUUAGAACAAGAUUCAUCACGCUGAGGACAAGGUUCCUCACGCUGAGGACAAGGUUCUUGAUGCUGAGAACAAGGUUGUUCACGUGGACGACAAGGUUCGUCACGCUGAGGAAAAGGUUCUUCAAGCUGAGGACAAGGUUCCUCAUGCUGAGGACAAGGUUCCUCACGCUCAGGACAAGGUUCCUCACCUUGAGGACAAGGUUCUUCACGCUGAGGACAAUGUUCUUCUCGCUGAGGACAAGGUUCCCACGCUGAGGACAAGGUUCAUCACGCGGGGGACAAGGUUCUUCACGCUGAGGACAAGGUUCCUCCAAUUAGAACAAUUUUACUAAGCUGAGGACAAGGUUACUCAUGCUGAGGACAAGGUUCUUCACGCUGAGGGCAAGGAUCUUCACGCUGAGGACAAGGUUCUUCACGCCGAGACAAGGUUCCUCACGCUGAGGACAAGUUCUUCACGCUGAGGACAAGGUUCUUCACGCCGAGAACAAGGUUCUUCACGCCGAGGACAAGGUUCCUCCAGCUGAGGACAAGGUUCUUCACGCAUAGGACAAGCUUCUUCACGCGGAGGACAAGGUUCCCACGCUGAGAACAAAGUUCUUCACGCUGAGGAAAAGGUUGCUCAACUUAGAACAGUGUUCCUCACGCUGAGGACAAGGUAUCUCACGCUGAGGACAAGGUUCUCCACGCUGAGGACAACGUUCUUCACGCUGAGGGCAAGGUACUUCAUGCCGAGGCAAGGUUCCUCAUGCUAAGGACACGGUUCUUCAAGCUGAGGACAAUGUUCCUCACACUCUGUACAAGGUACCUCACGCUAAGGAAAAGUUCCUCACGCUGACAACAAGGUUCCGAAUGCUGAGAACAAGGUUCCUCACAAUGAGGACAUGGUUCCCACGCUGAGGACAAGGUUCUUUACGCUGACGACAAUGUUCUUCACCCUGAGGACAAGGUUCUUCACGCUGAGGACAAAGUCCUUCACGAUGAGGACAAGGUUCUUCACGCUGAGGGCAAGGUUCUUCACGCAGAAGAAAAUUCUCGUCACGCUGAGGACAGGGUUCUUCACGAGGAGAACAAGGUUCUUCACGCCGAGGACAAGGUUACUCACGCUGAGGACAAGGACCUUCACGCUGAGGACAAGGAUAUUCCCGCUGAGAACAUGGUUCCUCAACUUAGAACAAGGUUCCUCAUGCUGAGGACAAGGUUCCUCAAGCUGAAGACAAGGUUCCUCACGGUGAGAACAGGGUUCUUCCCGCUGAGGGCAAGAUCCUUCACCCAGAGGACAAUGUUCCUCACGCUGAUGACAAAGUUCCUCAAGCUAAGGACAAGGUUCUUCACGCUGAGAACAAGGUUCUUCAGGCUGAAGACAAGGUUCCUCACGCUGAGGACAAGGUUCUUCACGCUGACGACAAGGAUAUUCCCGCUAAGAACAGGGUUCCUCAACUUAGAACAAGGUUCCUCACUCUGAGGACAAGGUUCCUCACGCUAAGGAAAAGAUCCUCACGCUGA